AAACUGCAAUAGUUCUGCCUGUCAAUGGGCUCUGUGGAACAUUCUGCUCUUACUGACACGAGGCACUCUUCCAACAACACCCCCACUUCCGGGUCAGCCAUUCUGGUGCACACAUAAAUAUCCAUAGUAAUAACACAGCAAUGACAUUAGCUAAAUAUGAUCUUUGCAAUCGAGGACGCCUGUCAAAAAGAGGCUCUUCGACUCGUGUAAACAUAUUGUUUCUGUUUUAUUUCCGGACUACAUUCGACUUUUGGUGAUAUUAGUGGUAUAUACGUUUUUUACGUGUUUUCACCUACCUUACGGCCGGUUUCAAGUUUUGUUUCACUUUUAGGUUACGGGGCGGAGUUUGUAAUGAUGCAUUCCAUGACAAUAGGACAUUUUUCACUCUCAAGGAGCGUUCGCGGCACAGCAAAAAGUAAGAACUUUGGGUAUCAUUCGGCGGUGCAAUAGGUUAAUCGGUACACAAUUCGUUUGAAGUAAACCAUGACGAUGACGCACUAAAAUAUUUGGUGCCACAAUGUGUUGCAAAAACGCGCAGUACGUGGCGCGUCGUCGUGACGCCACAAGCAGGCGGGACUGUUGGGCUCCACAGCUGGAGGAGAGAGGCUGGCAUGCAGAUGACUGCAUCCUCCAACACGCAUCAUCGGGAUAAGUUGCUCUUUCUUUUCGAUGAUUGUAAAAAACAAACAAACAGUAAAAAGGCAAUUUCAAAGAGUUCGAAAUAAGUUCUGAGCACAUUUUACUGCAAGACUGUGUUUAGGAGAUUUUUUUUUUUUUUGGACGAUGCCACGACUUUAACGUCCCUGUUCACUCCACAGUUGGUGUCAUCUGCACAGGCAGGGUAUGGGAGGCAUCCACUUCUGAAGACACUUUGAGCAAGACAACGGAGGAUACAACCGAGGACAUCAUUAUGGAGCCCGUAAUGGGUGAGCAGUCGGCCACGGUGGACGAGCUGGUGGAAGCCUGCAUCCAAGCCUUUGACGAGAGCGGCACUUUGAUGCACACUUCGACAGUCCGCAUGUUCCUCAUGAUGCACGCGUGGUACAUUCCUUCCACGGAGAUGGCUGCCAAGCUGGUGCUUAAAUCUCAAGAGGAAGGCUGCUCAGCGGAGCAUCGAACCAGAAUAUGUCACCUUGUCAAGUAUUGGAUCUCUGAGUUUCCUGCAGAGUUCAAUCUGAACCCGGAGCUGGCCGAGCAGAUAAAAGACUUUAAAGACCUCCUGAGCACAGAGGGCAAUGAGCGCCAGAGUCAGCUCAUUGACAUUGAGAGCGUGCCGUCAUACAAAUGGAAGCGUCAAGUGACUCAGCGUGUCCCCUCCGUGUCCAAAAAGAGGAAAAUGUCCCUGCUCUUUGACCACCUUGACUCCUGUGAACUGGCCGAGCACCUGACCUACUUGGAGUACAAAUCCUUCUGCAAGAUUCUGUUUCAGGACUAUCACAGCUUCGUGAUGCACGGCUGCACGGUGGACAACCCCGUUCUGGAGCGCUUCAUCACGCUUUUCAACAGCGUCUCUCAGUGGAUCCAGCUCAUGGUGCUUAGCAAGCCCACCGCCACACAGAGAGCCUCCGUCAUCUCGCACUUCAUCAGAGUGGCUCAGAAGCUGUUGCAGCUGCAGAACUUCAACACGCUAAUGGCAGUGGUCGGCGGCCUCAGUAACAGCUCUAUCUCGCGUCUCAAAGACACGCAGGCCCACAUCAGCGCUGAAACCAACAAGGUUUUUAACAGCCUCAUCGAGCUGGUGACCUCAUGUGGCAACUACACCCAGUACCGCAAGCGCUUCUCCGAGAGCUCCGGCUUCCGCUUCCCCAUCUUGGGUGUGCACUUGAAGGACCUGAUCGCCGUCCACGUGGCUCUGCCAGACUGGGCCGACAAGGAGAAGACGCGGGUCAACCUAGCCAAGACCCAGCAGCUGUAUGCUAUCCUUCAGGAGCUGGCGCUGAUCCAGAGCACUCCACCCAACAUCGACGCCAACACGGACUUGCUGAACCUGCUCACAGUGUCUCUGGACCAGUAUCACACAGAGGAGGAGAUCUACCAGAUGUCUUUGCAGAGAGAACCUCGUAAACAAGCGAACUCUAGCCCCACUCCAGCUCCUGACCCCAAGCCCAGCAUGAUCGAUGAGUGGGCCGUGUCGGUAAAGCCUAAUGCUGACCCAACGCUCAUCAAGAAGCACAUAGAGAAGAUGGUGGAGUCCGUCUUCAAGAACUUCGACACAGAUGGUGAUGGCCACAUCUCCAGGGAAGAGUUUGAGGACAUCAGGAACAACUUCCCCUACCUCAGCAAAUUUGGAGAACUGGACAAGAACCAAGACGGCAAAAUCAGCCGAGAGGAGAUGAUCGACUACUUCACAAGGGCCAGCUCGCUGCUUAAUUGCAAGAUGGGCUUCAUCCACACCUUCAGCGAGGCCACCUACGUCAAGCCCACCUUUUGUGAGCACUGCGCUGGCUUUAUAUGGGGUUUCUACAAGCAGGGCUACAAGUGUAAAGCCUGCGGGGUCAACUGCCACAAGGCCUGCCGGAGUCGCCUGGCUGUGGAGUGCCGGAAGAGAACCAAGAGCAUCAGUCACGAGACACCGCCGGCCCUUCAGGCCAGAUCCUACAGCUUCCCGCCUCCUGCCAACACUCCACCCAACCUUCAGAACACUGUCAUCGUUGAAGAGGACAUAGAGGCAGUGGAAGGAGGAGUGUUUGAUAUUCACCUAUAACCAGGAGCCUUGGAGUAUUAAAGAUGGCGUCCGAGGUCCUGUGGCUGCUGGCGUGCACUGUGCAGGAGGCCAUCUUGUGAGUAACCUCACAGGACAGAAGAUGCUACUGUUACACUGUGGCCACAAACACACAACAAUUGCAACAAUUGCACGGACAAGCAGCUCCACUGGACUCACGUGGACGUGUCAGUUAGUGUUCAUGUGCAAAAUGUCUGCACGCAGUUUGGACCUUGAAAAGCUUUAGUGAUAGUGUCCGGUUCCUGUGUUUGACCUCCUUGCAGACCUGUUACGUGUCAUUUAAUUGUAAACCAGCGUUUAUUUUACUUAUUUUGAUGCAAACUUGUAUGCUGCAGUGAUUUUUUUGUUGUUGUUGCACGCCAAAUUAUCAGUCACUGCGCAAGGAGACGAGCAUGUUUUUGUUCUCCCUGUGGAGAUGCUUUCAUCCCCGGAGUUCCACAUGUUGAGCGGCUGGUAUGUCACUGAAGGAGAUGCUGCGUCUAUGUGAAUAGCUGGAAGGAUGUUUGUUAUUAGUACGCUUGUUAGUGCAGAUGAAUAAAGCAUACGUGAAAAAAGAAGAACAUGUUUGAUUUAGUCUAGUCAGUACCACUUGAAGUCAGUCUGGGUCUCAUCUGGACCGUGUCCCAUUCCAGUGCAAGGACAUUGAUCCGGCUCUACCCUCGACCCACUUUUCAUCCAAUCAUGUUGUGACACUGCUAAAGUGAUACAGUUUCACUUAGGGCUUGCCAAGGCCACAUUUCAUGUCUUUCAGUGACAAAAGAUAAAACAUAGUGUGAUGAAUGAGUGAUACGCACGAAAGCUGAUUACCUAGAAUACUAGCUUGGUAAAAUAUUGCUUUGUCAGUGCCGCCGUGUUUGUAGGAGUGUGUGUAAUGUGGCCCAUUUGGAUAAUUAUUGGACUGAUAGGUAAUCAUUCCUCAAGAAACUACCUGUAGGAGAGUUCGAUUCCACCCUCGACCAUCUCUGUGUGGAGUUUGCAUGUUCUCUCCGUGCAUGCGUGGGUUUUCUCCGGGUACUCCGGUUUCCUCCCACAUUCCAAAAUCAUGCUAGGUUAGUUGGCGACUCCAAAUUGUCCAUAGGUAUGAAUGUGAGUGUGAAUGGUUGUUUGUCUAUAUGUGCCCUGUGAUUGGCUGGCCACCAGUCCAGGGUGUACACCGCCUCAUACCCAAAGACAGCUGGGAUAGGCUCCAGCACCCCUGCGACCCGUGUGAGGAUAAGCGGUAGAAAAUGAAUGAAUGAAUGAACAAUAAAAACGGGCAUAUUUCACACAUCUUUCCAAAUGGCAAUUAAUGAUGAUUAAUUAU